GCUGAUGCUCCUUUAUGUCAUAUGAACGCUAGCUCAUGAGCUAACAGGCUAACAGGUUUCUAACAGUGACCAUGGCUGUGAGCCGGUUCACACAGGGACCGGGACGCGGUGACACCGGACCCCGAUAACACCUGCGACCCUCUCUCCUCCCCACUAUCUGCUCCACUUUGUACAUUUCGUGUUCAGUCAGCCGGUUAUCUCUGCGACUUUUGCCCUCUUUAUCCCGCUCUGGGUCAGAGUCUGUGUGUGUGUGUGUGUGUGUGUGUGUGUGUGUGUUAGCCUCGCAGCUAAUGAGCUAAAGCUGCUCUGAGUGAGGCUGUCUGACUUUCUGACUCAUUAAACGGGAUGAGCGAUGGCAUCGGUCCGGGUGGCUGUCCGGGUCAGACCCAUGAACAGGCGGGAGAAGGACCUGACGGCAAAAAGCAUCAUCCACAUGGAAGGAACCAAAACCUCCAUCAUCAACCUGAAGCUCCCUGAAGGCAUCGCGGGAGAUUCAACGCGGGAUCGGACAAAGACGUUCACCUACGACUUCUCCUACGACUCCACGGACGGCAAGAGCUCCACCUUCGUCUCCCAGGAAAAGGUUUUUAAAGACUUGGGCUCCGACGUGCUGAAGGCGGCGUUCGAGGGCUACAACGCCUGCGUCUUUGCCUACGGACAGACCGGCUCGGGGAAGUCCUACACCAUGAUGGGAAAUCCUGGAGAUGCAGGUUUGAUCCCGAGGAUCUGUGAAGGUCUGUUCAGCCGGAUCUCUCAGUCGACUCGAUGGGACGAAGCUUCUUACCGUACAGAAGUCAGUUAUCUGGAGAUCUACAACGAGAGGGUGAGGGACCUGCUGAGGAGGAAGUCCACUCAGACCUACAACCUGAGGGUCAGGGAGCACCCGAAGGACGGACCGUAUGUGGAGGACCUGUCCAAACACCUGGUGCAGAACUACAGCGACGUGGAGGAGCUGAUGGAGGCGGGAAACAUCAACCGUACCACCGCCAGCACGGGCAUGAACGACGUCAGCAGCCGCUCGCACGCCAUCUUCACCAUCAACUUCACACAGGCUAAGUUUGACGCAGAGAUGCCCAGCGAGACGGUCAGUAAAAUCCACCUGGUGGAUCUCGCCGGCAGCGAGCGAGCCGACGCCACUGGAGCGACGGGCGUCCGACUGAAGGAGGGAGGAAACAUCAACAAAUCUCUGGUCACUCUCGGAAACGUCAUCUCGUCUCUGGCCGACAUGACGCAGGACGGAGGAAACACCAACCAGAAGAAGAAGUCGCUGUUUGUCCCGUACAGAGACUCCGUGCUGACCUGGCUGCUGAAGGACAGCCUGGGCGGGAACUCCAAGACCAUCAUGAUCGCCACCGUUUCCCCGGCUGACGUGAACUACGGCGAGACGCUCAGCACGCUGCGGUACGCCAACAGAGCCAAGAACAUCAUCAACAAACCGACCAUCAACGAGGACUGCAACGUCAGGCUGAUCAGAGAGCUGAGGGCCGAGAUCGCUCGGCUCAAAGCUCUGCUGAUUCAGGGCAACCAGAUCGCGCUCCUGGAUUCGCCCACUGCUCUGAGUAUGGAGGAGAAACUGCACCAGAAUGAAGCCAGAGUGUUGGAGCUGACUAAAGAGUGGACCAACAAAUGGAACGAGACGCAGAAUAUUCUCAAGGAGGAGACGCUCGCUCUGAGGAAAGAGGGGAUCGGCGUGGUGUUGGACUCGGAGCUGCCUCAUCUCAUCGGCAUCGACGACGACCUCCUCAGCACGGGCAUCAUCCUGUACCACUUAAAGGAGGGGCGGACGUACGUGGGCAGAGACGACGCGUCCACAGAGCAGGACAUCAUCCUGCACGGUCUGGACCUGGAGAGUGAGCACUGCAUGUUUGAGAACCAGACCGGCGCGGUGACCCUGGUCCCGCUGGGCGGAGCUCAGUGUUCAGUGAACGGAGUCCAGGUGACGGGGCGCUCGCAGCUCAACCAAGGUGCUGUUAUUCUGCUCGGCAGGACCAACAUGUUCCGCUUCAACCACCCGAAGGAGGCGGCGAGGCUGAGGGAGAAACGAAAGAGUGGUCUACUGUCCACAUUCAGCCUCUCCAUGACCGAUCUGUCCAAGUCCUGUGAAAACCUCUCCACCGUGAUGCUCUACAACCCGGGUCUCUUCACUGAGAAGGGCCCCGUCUUCCUCAGGUUGGAGUUUGAGAGACAGCAGAGAGAGGAGCUGGAGAAACUGGAGCUGAAAAGGAGGCUGAUCAAAGAGAUGGAGGCAAAGCACCAGAGUGAGAAGGCGGAGCUGGAGCGGCUGCAGCAGGAGGUGGAGAGUCAGAGGAAGGAGUCCGAGGAGGUGCGUCAGCAAAUCCUCCGUCAGGAGGAGAACCUCCGCCACCGCAGCCAGGACAUCGAGAGCCGCCUGCGGGACUUCCUGGCCGAGAAGGAGCGCUUCGAGGAGGAGAGGCGCCUGGAUAUCCAGGGCACAGACUUCCAGAGGAGGAACCCGCUGCAGGAGGCGGAGUCAGAGGAAGAAGAGGAGCAGCGGCGGCAGCAGGAGGCGGCAGAGCAGACCGAGAUCUACAGAGAGCUGGAGAAGCUGAAGAGGGAGCGCGAGGAGCAGAAGGUCCGCCUGGAGACCGAGCGGCGGCGCCUGGAAGAGCAGGAGCGCGAGCAGGCGACUCUGGUCGGGAGGCUGGAGGAGCAGCUGAGGGAGAAACACGAGGCCGCCUCCACCCUGCUGACCCUGGAGGACGCACGCCGCCUGGAGGAGGAGCGUCGAGCUCUGGCUGAGAUCAGAGAAGCUCUCCUCCGCGCCAAAGAGGCAGGGGAGCGGCCCGGCGUGGAGGACGCCAGCGAGGAGGCGAGAUCUGCGCAGACUCGAUACACAGACUUUAAGGAGGCGCAGGUGAAGGAGCUGGACCUGCUGGAGGAGGGGCUCCGGCAGAAGAGGGAGAGCCUGGAGAAGGAGGUGGCUGCUGAGCGGAGCACCCUGCUGCUCCUCUCUCACGCUCUCAAAGAACGACAGCAGCAGCUAAAGGAGGCGCAGGAGAAAGGAGCGCAGGACGCUAACGCCGUGUGUCAGGAGGAGCAGCUGUUCAAACAGGCGGAGCACCGGCUGCAGUUUAAGGAGUGUCAGCUGGCCAGCGUGGCCGACGGCCUCCUCCCCGCUCUCGCCGAGGAGAAGCAGCGAGCGAUGGAGAUGUUGGAGCGCAGCGGAGGAGGCCGGAACGGGAACUGUGAUGGCCCGCCGGCGGGGCUGGACAACACGCUGUACCAGGUGGAGAAGGAGCUGGAGGACAAGGAGGAGAAACUGAACCUCCACUGGAACAGCGCUCAGCAGCUCCAGCAGCUCCAGGAGACCUACGAGUUCACGGCCAACGUGGCGCGGCAGGAGGAGAAGGUGAGGCGGAAGGAGAAGGAGAUCCUGGAGUCGAAGGAGAAGCAGCAGAGGGAGGCGAUGGAGCAGGCGGUGGCCAGGCUGGAGAGGAGGCACUCCGCUCUGAGGCGCAGCGUCUCCAUGGAGCCCGACGCCUCCGAGGAGCAGAGACACAAGAGCUCGGCCGGCAGGAACCUGAGGGCGGGGGCGGAGCUGGACCAGCAGAGGGUGGAGCGGGAGAUCCAGAAGCUGAGGAAGAGGAUCAGUGAAGGAGAAGACAACAACAGGAGUCACUCGGUCGGUAACGACGAGAAGACGAGUCACAACAGCUCCCCGGUCAGCCACAUCCAGAGUCUGAACACGCUGCUGCCGCUGUCGGACGACCGGAUAAACGCGUACAUCGAGGAGGAGGUCCAGCGAAGGUUACGUAAGAUGAAUCUCCUGAACGGCAGCAGCAGCACCAUGGAUCUGUCUCUGUCCUGCGAAUCACUCAGGGACGAUGAAAAGCUGCAAAACGUGAAUCCAAGGAGGCUUAAAUAUGAGCACUUGGUCUCUCGUCCUCUGGGGACGAGCCCUGACGGCCUUCAGGAGCCCGUUAGAAUUAGCAUUCCUCGUUACGUCCUCCGCGGGCAGGGGAAGGACGAGCACUUUGAGUUCGAGGUGAAGAUCUCUGUGAUGGACGACAUGUGGACUGUUUUCAGACGUUACAGCCGCUUUAGAGAAAUGCACAAGAGCCUGAAGUUGAAAUACCCCGAGCUCGCUGCUCUGGAGUUCCCUCCGAAGAAACUGUUUGGAAACCGAGACGAGCGGAUGGUGGCCGAGCGCCGUAACCAGCUGGAGCGCUAUCUGAGGAACUUGUUCCGGGUGAUGCUGUCGUCCUCCAGCUCUCCUCUCAGAGCCGACGCAGACGGCGGCUUCCGUCUCACCAAACACGCCGUCUGUGAGUUCUCGCCGUUCUUUAAGAAGGGCGUCUUCGAGUACAGCAGCCACGGCACCGGCUGACACGGGCUCAAACUUUCUCCAAACCAAAAAAAAAAAAAAAAAGACAACGUGACGUGCUGGAGAGCGUUUUGUUACGACCUCAGGAGGUCAGAGAAUGAAAAAAAACAAACACAUGCAGGUCAGUUUCCUCUCCAGCAUCGGGACUUCCUGUGAGGCGAAUGUCUCAAACAUGGCGGCGAUGCUUUGCACUUACUUCAUGUGAUAAAUGUAGCACUCUGUUUGAAGAGUUAAAAGAAGUCAAACAUGUCUUCAGGGUCGAUUAUGAUCCGACUGUUCGAUCUUUAGACGACUUGAUGACGCUGAGCACCUGGCAAUGAACGCUUCAAUAAAUGUACUUCCAUGCAGAUAUGAUGUUUAUACACAGCUCCCUCUCUUACGCCCCGUGUCCUCACAGCUAGCGUCUGCCCACGAGUAGAGAGCGUUUGAAGCAGCAGCACAGCGCCCAGCGUCUCUUUUGGGAGCGCUCAGCCUUUUCUUGAGUUGAAGAUCUUUAAUCUUUUCAGAAAGGCGCUGUUGAUGUCAUCGACGCUCUUUCAGAAUGUUUGAUAUUCCAAUUAUCUCCACCUCCUUACGAGGCCACCUCGUCCUCGCUCUCUGUGUCUGAUCGGAGCGUGACAGCGAGGCCGUCAUUCUUAUGAAGCUCAUCGUCCAGACAGAGUAGGAGGGCGAACAUCCUCCGUUUGAUUCUCACAGUGAAGAAAAAAAAACGAAAUCAAAUAUAAAACAUGCAGUGAAAAGUAACGGAGCAGCGUCUGUCAUUCAGCGGCGGUUUUUAAGAGACAGGACGGACGAGGAUAUCUAUGACUUGUUCCAGUAAUUAACCAGCUUUUAAAGGAAGAAUGUGUGACCUUUAGAUCCAGUAGAUGUCGCCCUUGAGCUCCAGCAUGAAACCAAAACAAACUGCUGUUAGGCCACGCCUCCUCCAUACUGAAGCCUCCGCCCUCCUCCAGAGACACACCUCCAACCCCCCUCUACUCAUAUUCACAUGAAGGAGUUAUCAAUUAGAACGACCAUGAAGCUCAUGCAUUGUUGUGUUAGCAUGCUAAUGUUAGCUCUCUUUAGUUAGCUCGUAGCUUCACAUUGUUGUGUUAGCAUGCUAAUGUUAGCGCUCUUUAGUUAGCUCUUAGCUUCACAUUGUUGUGUUAGCAUGCUAAUGUUAGCGCUCUUUAGUUAGCUCGUAGCUUCACAUUGUUGUGUUAGCAUGCUAAUGUUAGCGCUCUUUAGUUAGCUCGUAGCUUCACAUUUCAUGUAAACUGACACAGAAUGAGCGUGAUCUAAAAACUCUUACUAACAUCCAAAUAAUCAGUGAGUAUGUUCUUCUUCUUCUCUCUAGUUCUUGACUAAAACAGCUUUUAUACACAAGGGGAGGAGCCGGCCGUCCCGUCCAUGUAAACACGACUCUGACAACAACACAGCCAGCGGGACUCGAGCUUCUCCCUCAUUGUAGACAGUCAUGACUCAGAGACACAUUUACACAGGACAGACUGGAUGUCGCACAUUCUUCCUUCUUUAGUUAGCUCGUAGCUUCACAUUGUUGUGUUAGCAUGCUAAUGUUAGCGCUCUUUAGUUAGCUCGUAGCUUCACAUUUCAUGUAAACUGACACAGAAUGAGCGUGAUCUAAAAACUCUUACUAACAUCCAAAUAAUCAGUGAGUAUGUUCUUCUUCUUCUCUCUAGUUCUUGACUAAAACAGCUUUUAUACACAAGGGGAGGAGCCGGCCGUCCCGUCCAUGUAAACACGACUCUGACAACAACACAGCCAGCGGGACUCGAGCUUCUCCCUCAUUGUAGACAGUCAUGACUCAGAGACACAUUUACACAGGACAGACUGGAUGUCGCACAUUCUUCCUUUAACGUCAGACAUUUGCAUGUUUCACUUCUUCAAGGCGCUUUAAUAUUGGUCCUUUUUUUUUUAAGAACACUUAAUGACUAAAAGAAGAGACAAACUGUUUCCUUUCUCUGUUUUUCUCGUUAACACAAAGGUCUCUCUCUGCAGGAUCCUUUCUGUGAUGAUGUCACACACUUAGAGUAACAACCGGAGCCUGUAAGGGACAAACUCUGAGUCUGUUGCAGCCUCUCUGUUUCUCAGCUGCAGGCUGAAACCAUAUGAAAUCUUUUUGAGUCUAAAAUUCAUAAACAUCCUAAAAGUAAGGGCCAGGUUAGAAACUUUGAGACGGAACAUUUCCUACAUUUAACAGACGAGUCAUUCCUGCAGAGGGGAACGUUUAUCUUUUUAUUUAUUCAUCCAAUCAAACGUGGUGUCAGUGAGCAGAUGGGCCUCCUCGUGGAGCUGCAGGGACUCCAGCCUGACGUCUUCUAGAGGCGCUCGUCUCCGUCAUCAGCUGUUUGAACAGGAGACCGGUUGAGGUCCGGUUUGAAGAGAUCCGAGCUGGACAGGAACACUACCCGUUCAGAAGCCAAACUGUGUGUGUAAAGAAAGUGUAAAUGUUGAUGUGCAUAGUUUUUCUAUCUAGACAAAUAUGAGACAUUGAAUGUCAGUAAAGGGAAUGUACCAAACCAAA